AUGUCGGACAAGGCUCUGCCAAUGGCUUCCAACUCCCAGGGCCCACAAGAACCUGAAACCAAGCUUGGCCUAGUUCCUGUUCAAAUCCAAGCGCCAGAGUUGGAUGCUGAAACUGAGAUCAUGGGAGCACUCACCCCUGAAGACUUGUUCGCAACCCAGAACGACACCAUAGAAGAGUCUCAGCUUCUCCACUCUCCAGCUCCUGGCUCUCGGUUUGAUUCCCAGCCUGCUGAGUCUCAGGUUCCUGACUCUCAGGGUGAUUCUCAGGGUGAUGGUUUGGAGCUUGCACCCAAGGAUGACACAUGUCCUGGUUCUGACGACCCCAUUGAAGAGUUCACUGGUUCUGACGACCCCAUUGAAGAGUUCACUGAAAUCGAUGAAAAUGAUUCCCCACAAGAUGAAGCAGCAUCUGACCCCGAGACUGAGCCUGAGAUAUCAGGUUUCUUAGCUUUGGAUGAGAACUUCAAUGUGGAGACUCGUGGUUCCGUGAGCGACUACUCCUUUGAGCUGAUGAACGUGAUCCAAAACCUUUUGGGGAACCAAAGUGUGCCUGCGUCCUCGGAUGGACCCUCUGUGAUUGUUGCUGAGGAGGGUGGGGAGAAUGAUGAUGAGCAGGGUGAAAGUCGUUCUUCCACUGACCCUAACCCAGGCAGUCGCAGGUCCAGGCGCAUGGCACGUCAUGAUCGCUUGCGCAAGCUGAGGAAGAAGAAGGAUGGGCAGUAG